CGUGCGCAGACCGUCAGUACCGUGAUCGACGCCGGCGCAGCGAGUUUGUGCGCCGUCCUAUAUGAAUUAUAAACAUUGAUAUGUGCGACCUGUGUUUAGUAAACUGUGCUAUGAGUAUAUAGUGUUUGUAUUAAUUAAACGUUGACGAGCUGAUCUAAUCGGAAACCACAAUGGCUAUGAAAGAAUAUCUCCAGUGGUUGCCACCUCCUCGUUCUCUGCUGGCGCUCUUGUUGGCAGUGACUGGCUUCAGCGGACGUCUAUUUGCAGCUCACGUCGCACAUUCACCGACACUACUUGUGGACGCCUGUCAUUCCUUAUGCAGACUUAUCGGUCUUAUCACAACUCUAUUAGCUUUUAAGUAUGAACGGGCUGACGAAGGAACUGGACGCGAAGGCCGUCUCCGGAACACAUUCGGUUGGGCCAGAAUCGAAGUCCUCGGCAGACUUUCGGUGCACGUUCUCUUCGCGUCGUUUUCCCUUGCCUUAGUAGUGAACGCCCUGCAGCUCGGCGUGCAUUCGUCUCAUGUUCAGCCUCCAAGAUAUCCCAGGGUCAUUUUGGGAAGUGGUGUGAUCGGUCUACUGCUGAAUGCCAUCAAUUAUCUUCUACUCGCGGGACGAGAACUAAGUUACAGUAGAAGGCUGAGUGUAACAGAGAAUGGGGGAGUGGUUCUCAAAUCAGGAUCAAGGGAGCCUGUACUUGCGCAUGCACCGAGUGAUAUUACAAGUAGCUUGUGUGUGAUGGCAGCGGGCCUAACAUUGGAGUGGGAGCCUAGUGUGGCGGGUGUGGCAGACCCCGCCCUUUCCGCGUGUGCUGCUAUACUACUUGUCACAAUUAAUUAUCCAUUUUUGAAAUCAGCCGGGCUGGUUCUACUCCAAACGGUACCGGAAGGGCUCGGUGCCUGUGAGUUGCGAAGUGCUGCAUUGCAGGUGCCGGGAGUCCUCGCCAUACAUGAGCUGCAUGUCUGGCAGCUGCAUCGGGACAGAUUGGUCGCUACUGCACAUAUCUGUUAUAACUCGGAAGAUGAUUUUCUGAAAAGCUCAAAUCAAGUGAGCGAUUUAUUCAAACGCCAUGGAAUAAACUUGGUUACAUUACAGCCAGAGUUCAGCCUUGCUGCAAUCACAGAUUCGGGUGAAGAAAAGAAACUUUUAAUAGAUUUAGCAAAUGCUUCCUGUUCCUGUCCAUGUGCCAAGGAGUGUACAGCACCACGCUGUUGUGCUGCACCACCAAAGCCUACAAUCACGCGAAUAUAGCACUUUUUAAUACCGUUCUUAAGUAACAAUCUUGUGCGAACACUAUUUUACAGACUUUUUGACUCUGAGUUGUUUACAUUGUGGAAUUUGAUAUCGUAUUUUUUUAUUUUUAGGAAUCGUUUUAGAUUUACAGUGUCUCAAACGAGGUUAGAGGUGUAUUCAAUUGUUCUUAAUUAAGGUUUGAUGUAGGUUAUUUUAUUUAAACCCCCGAUUUAAGUUUAGCAAAAUGUAAGGCAAUUGCUGUUCGUUUUGAAAUUCACAAAAUAGGACUGAUUGAUAUUAUACAAAAUACAUCAUAAAUCACAAACAGAAUAACGACACAGAGAUGGAGCCCAGUACGGGCUAAGUAUGUUUCAUUGAUUCCUGUUAAAGGAAGCAUAACCUGUUUCGUUGGAAAUUGAACCCAGGCUUAUCCACCACAUCCAUUAUACAACGCGGUAGCUUCGAAUUUAUACAUAGUACAUAUAAAAGAUAUAACAUCUUCGAUAUGAAAUUAUCUUAAAGAUAGAUACAGGUUAUCUUAUAGUGCCCAUAUCAAUAUUGUGUUACCAAGUUAGGAUCUAAUCUUUGAAAAACACAAAAUAUUUGUGUAAAAAAAAAGGUUAACUUGUGUGUUCUGUAAUUUAGUUUGUAUGUAGUUUAAGUAAAGCCAAAGACGACUUUCCUACCAGUUGGAAAGUGACAUUUUCUAUUAAAACUAACUUUUACGCUCUACUUGUUUCGCCGUAACCUACAAGAUAUUCAAGUUUAGCAUUCGUGAUAGAAAAUACGUGACUUCACAGAAACAUAAUUAUUAAACACUUUUUUAAUUCAAACGCCACCGUAUUACUAUUAUUUUUCAAUUACAAUCAUAAACUGUACAAAAUCGUCAUUUUUUACAAUUGUUAUUGUACAAAUUUGUCAAAAAUUUUACAGGUUUAAAACAGUGCAUUUGCACAUGACCUAAGCACACUCCGGCGUAAAUCGCGUCUAUCAA